UACGUGUUGUAUGAGUUUCAAACCAAGCACCAUAGUGUCUGGUUUUAGGAUGAGGUCCCAGAUAGAUGAGAUCACUGCCAGGUUGCAAGCUCUUUUUGAUCGUAGAGCUGGGCUUGGCUUGCAAAAUGUUGUUGUCGGGCAAUCUGCUAAAACUUCACAAAGGCCACAAACUUCAUCUUUGACUCUUGAACCACGUUUAUAUGGUAGGGAUGGGGAUAAAAAGGCGAUACUAUAGUUACUCCAAUGCGGUCAAUCUAGUAAUGAAAAGGUAGGUAUAGUUCCAAUUGUGGGUAUGGGUGGCGUCGGCAAGACCACCCUUGCUCAGGCUGUCUACAAUGACGAAACGGUGGGAGAACAUUUUGAGAUGAAAGCAUGGGUUUGUGUAUCUGAAGUGUUUGAUAUUGUGGGUGUGACCAAAACGAUUCUGGAGUCUGUAACUUCCGAGACUUGCCAUUUUAACACACUGGAUCAAGUUCAAAAUCAACUAAAGAAGGCUUUGGCCGGAAAGAAGUUCUUGAUUGUUCUAGAUGAUGUCUGGAAUGAAAAGCAUGGUGAUUGGACAAGUUUAAAGAGUCCCUUUAAUGAUGGAGCCUCAGGAAGUAAGGUAAUAGUAACAACACGUAAUAGGGAUGUCGCAUUAAUGAUGGCAGGAAUCGAUAAGUUUCAUCCCUUGAAGGAACUAUCAGAGGAUGAUUGUUGGUCCGUGUUUGCACAACAUGCAUUUGAGAAUAGAAGUAUCGACGAAAGUCCAAAUUUGGUUUCAAUUGGUCGAAAGAUUGUGGAAAAAUGCGAAGGGUUGCCUUUGGCUGCGAGGACACUUGGUGGCCUUCUACAAUGUAAAGUCAAAGAUGAUGAGUGGGAAGAAGUAUUGAAUAGUAAGAUGUGGGAGUUAUCAGACAAGAAAAGUGACAUUCUUCCCGCUUUGAGAUUAAGCUACUAUCACCUCCCUUCACAUUUGAAGAAAUGUUUUGGAUAUUGUUCCAUACUACCUAAGGAUUACGAAUUUGAGGAAAAGGAAUUAGUUUUCUGGUGGAUGGCGGAAGGCUUAAUUCAUAAACCAACGGGACAAAAGCAAAUGGAAGAUCUUGGAUGUGAUUACUUUCGUGAAUUGUCAUCGAGGUCAUUUUUUCAACCGUCAAGCCAUGGUGAAGUCCCACUAUUUGUUAUGCAUGACCUCAUCAAUGAUUUGGCUCAAUUUGUAGCAAGACGAAUUUGUUUUAGGAUGGAGGAGAAGCUUGAAAACAAUGAGGGGGACACAAUUAUCACUAAGGCUCGCCAUUCAUCCUACACACGUGGCUAUCGAGAUGGCUUAAAAAAGUUUGAGAUCUUCCAAAAAGCCAAAAAUCUGCGAUCUUUUUUACCAUUUGGAUUGAGAGAUCGAGGUACCAACCAGUCAACCUCCUACUUGACCAGCGAUGUUCCCCUCCAAUUGUUGCCACAUCUUAGAUGCUUACGCGUGCUUAGUUUGAGUAGAUAUCAAAUCUGUGAACUUUCAAGUUCGAUUGGAGAUUUGAAACAUGUGAGGUUCCUUGACCUUUCGUGUGCCUUGAUUUCUACAUUACCAGAAUCAGUAAGCACUCUCUAUAACCUACAAACACUAAUAUUGAGAAAUUGUAGAAAUCUUAGCAAGUUGCCUGCAAAUAUGGGUAACCUUAUAAACUUGAGGCAUUUGGAUGUUACUGGUGCAGAUUCCUUACAAGAAAUGCCACCAAAAAUUGGUAAAUUGAUAAGUCUCCUAACAUUAUCAAACUUCAUCGUCAGACAAGGUAGUGGGUCUACCAUCAAUGAGUUGGGCAGCUUGAUUCAACUUAGAGGGACACUUUGCAUAUCAGGGUUGGAGAAUGUGGAGAAUGCUAUGGAUGCUAGGAGGGCCAACUUGAAGGAUAAACAACAUUUAGAUGUGCUCUUGAUGAAAUGGAGUAACAUCUCAGAUAAUUCUCGCAAUACAAGUGUUGAUUUAGAAGUGCUUGACAUGCUAAGACCUCACGAGAAGUUAAAAGAGCUUACCAUUAAUGGUUACAAUGGCUUAACAUUUUCAAUUUGGGUUGGAAAUUCUUUGUUCUCUAAGAUGGUCAACUUGAAGUUCCAAAAUUGUGACAAAUGAAUUUCCUUGCCGCCACUGGGUCAAUUACCCUCACUUACAAAACUUUACAUUCAAGGUACGAAAGCAUUACAGAACGUUGGACUUGAGUUCUAUGGGUCGGGCAACUCAAAUCCCUUCCCAGCUCUAGAGUUUUUAACCUUUGCGGACAUGGCUGAAUGGAAAGAUUGGUCUCCGUUUGAAGUGGAGGAGGGAUCUCAAGCAUUUUCGCGCUUGUCAGAGCUCUCCAUUAAAAGGUGUCCAAAGCUUUUGGGAAAAUUGCCCAACAAUCUUCCCGCCUUAAGAAAGCUGGAUAUUAAAGACUGCCCGUUGUUAGUGGUUGCGUGGGUUCCAAGCCCUACAAGGCUAAUUGAAGUGAGGAAUACACUUCAGUUUGAUUCACUCAUCUCCUUAUCUCUUACAGAUGUUUCGAUUCCAAACUCCUUUAAUAAUCGAGAAGUGGGUAAUGAAGCAGCUGCGACGGAAAAUGCAAGGUAUAGCCCUUUGAGCUCGCUUACUUCCCUGAGAGUUAAAAACAUUCAAGGUCUCACAUGUCUACCCAGUUGGUUUGUUCGAGGGCUGACGGGACUCCAAGAACUCUCUCUCUUUGGUUGUCCAGAACUCACAUCAUUGUGGAAGAAUGAAGUUAGAAUACACCACCAUCUUCCUGCCCUCUGACGCUUGGUGAUUGAAGGCUGCCCCAAACUUAUUUCCUUAUUUGAAGAAGAUGAAGAUGAGGAAGGGCUACAACAGCAUGAGGAGCUUCCUUACAUGAUGCUACUGGAGUACUUGAAAAUAAAAAAUUGCAAAAAGAUGAAGAAUCUGUCACGAGGGCUACACAACCUCAAAUCUCUUCAGGAGCUUAUUAUCGAUGCAUGUCCAUGUAUCAUCUCUUUCCCAAAGACAGGUAUGCCGUCUGCGGUAAGAACAUUGCGUAUUGAAUCUUGUGACGCUCUGCGAUCCCUACCUGAGUUGAUGAUACUAAAUAGUCUCGAGGAAUUGGGGGUUCAGUGGUGUCCAUCGCUCGUGUACUUAAGUAGUUCGAGAACUGGUCUGCCCCGCAAUCUCAAAAAAAUGUACAUUUGGGAAUGUGCAAAGCUGGAGUCAGUACUAGCAAAGGAGGGGAUGAAAAUAAAUUGUACAUCUCUCAAAUCUUUUUUAAUCUAUAAAUGUGAGAGCCUCAAAUCCUUGCCGGAUGUGACACAAAACAAUGUUGAUGGUGAAUGUCUCAAGGAUCUCAGUAAUUUGUGGGUAUCGUUUUGUGAGAAUGUGGAGUCCAUUCCACAAGGAUGGUUCACCGCAACCAAUCUAAGGGAAUUGCGGGUCGAUAGGUGCAAGAAACUCAAGGGCCUGCCUCACCAUGCCUACAACAACCUCACUUCUCUUCAAUCGCUGGCAAUAAGUAGUUGGGAUGCGGCUACAGAACUCAUUUCCCACUUCACCAACCUCACUUCCCUUGAAUUGUACAAUGCCGACAUGGGGGGUAAUAAGCCCCCAUCAGAGUGGGGUUUGCACAGAUUGUCCUCUCUCAGACGACUCUGCCUAAAAGGUUAUGGUUGGGCAUCAUUUCCACCAGUAGAAGAAGAAGACGAAGGAGAUGGAAUGAUGUGGUGGCUGCCCCCUUCUCUGAACGACCUGACUAUCAUGCACUUCCCAAAUCUGGAGAAGCUAUCUUGCAAGGAAUUCCCCUCUCUCGAACUACUUAAUAUCUUGUUUUGCCCAAAGCUCACGACCAUUACAAAGCUAGGGCUGCCUCCCUCGCUUUUGAGUUUGGAGAUCCUUGGAUGUCGGAAACUGAAAGAGAGGUGUGAAAAGAAGAAAGGCCAAUAUUGGCCCCUCAUUUCUCACAUCCCUCAAGUCAAGAUAAACCACAAAAAUGUCUUCUUGGACCCAAGUAGCUGAUGGCCCCCGUCCCAUGUGCGGUUUUCGUAAAAAAGUUAUGAUGAGAGGACACUGGUUAUGCUUCUUUGUUUGGAGAUUUCUCAAGAUCUUUUGCAACAAGAGGAAGGGAGACGGCAAUCAAUCUUCCAAACUCUUAAUACGACGGUUGCAUAAAGUCGUGGAGCAUAUUUAUUUAUUUAGCUAGAUUUUAAUUUUCCCACUGAGUCUUCAACAAAUAUAAUGAAGUAAGUAUUUUGCUCGGAUUUAUCCAAAUCUUGUGCUAACUUUCUCACAUCUCUCAAAUAUUUUGCAGCUCUCCUCAGCAGAUACAUUUAUGGCACCAAUCGUUCGAAGUUCAGCAUGAUGAAUUUUCAGAUUGCACUGCUGCCAAUUUGCUCUGUGGAUGUUUUCAAUUGGAUGAUCAACAUAUGUUUCCGUGCUUGUGUGUAAUUGUGUCAUUAGAUUUCAAGUCUUGUAGGAACUAUUUAGGUUAAAUUAUCCUUAUUGUGUCUGAAUGCCUUUGUUUCUGUCGUUGUUCCUACUUUCCUUCCCAUUACACUCUCAUUUGUUAAUCCUCCAUUUAUUUGGUAUCAUUUUCGAAGAUUUGGCAGAAUUUUUAGCUACUAGACUCAUCCCUUUAUGUAGUUGUUGAAUUGUGUGUUGUUGCAACGCCUGCCUUUUGAUUUAUAGAAAUUUUGAGUAUGUUCUUCUAUCA